GUAUCUAGCUAGCUAGUGCAUCAUUUGAGAGUGGACAACAGAAAGCUAGUUCAUUUUUAUUCGAGGUUCGUGCCUAUAAAGCAAGGCGCAAUGGUGAACACUCAAACUCCGAACCAUGUUCUCGCCUCUGCCUUGCAGCUGUAGGCAGUCCAAAACAACAAGAAGAAGAACAACAAGAAAGGAGGAGGAGGAGGAAAAACCUGGAACGGAGAUCCCCAGAGCUACCUGGCCAUGAAAGUGAAUACAGUCGGAAAGCUACUUCUCUUGGUGUUGGUGACUUUCAGUGCACAUCAUGUGGUUGUCAUCUGCAGCUCCUCCUUCUUACAUGGGAACGACACAGAUAGAUUGUCACUGCUUGACUUUAAGGAUGCAAUCAGUCUCGAUCCACAACAAGCCUUCAUGUCUUGGAAUGAUAGCACCCACUUUUGCAAUUGGGAAGGUGUCUUGUGCACGGUGAAGGCGCCACGUCGUGUCGUCUCUCUAAACCUUACAAGUCGAGGUUUAGUAGGACAAAUCUCUCCUUCACUUGGAAACCUAACAUUUCUACAUUCUCUAGUCCUGACAGAGAACACACUCGCUGGAGACAUCCCAACCUCCCUCGGUCACCUGCAUCGCCUCCAAACACUACGUCUGAAUAAUAACACACUGCAAGGAAGGAUACCGAGUUUUGCAAACUGCACAGAGCUAAAGGUGUUUCAUGUUGCAUUUAACAAUCUAAUUGGCCAAUUUCCUGCAAAUUUUCCUCCUCACCUUCAGAUGUUGCAGGUUUCAGGUAAUAACCUUACUGGCACCAUCCCAGCUUCUCUUGCCAAUAUCACGACACUAACCCACAUUACCUUCUCAUAUAAUCACAUCAGCGAAAAUAUCCCAAGUGAGUUUGCAGAUUUGUCUAGCUUGCAGUACCUGUAUGCGGCUGUCAACCAGCUAACAGGAAGAUUUCCACAAGCCAUCUUGAAUCUUUCUACUCUCAUCGGUCUUGACCUUGGUCCCAAUAGUCUAAGUGGAGAGGUACCACCAAAUCUCUGUGCCUCUCUGCCCAAUCUCCAGAUACUUGUAUUAGCCGAGAACUUCUUUAUAGGGAACAUUCCUAGUUCAUUCACUAAUGCUUCCAAUAUAUAUGAUAUCGAUUUAUCAAUCAACAACUUCACCGGAUUGGUGCCCACCACGAUUGGCAGACUUACCAAACUCUCGUAUUUAAAUCUUGGACAAAAUCAACUCCAAGCUAAUAGCAAGCAAGAUUGGGAGUUUUUGGACAACUUAGGUAACUGCACUGAGCUGCAGAUGUUCUCCUUGAGUUGGAAUCGUCUCUCGGGGCAUGUACCAAGUUCAUUGGGUAACCUUUCCAAUCAACUCCAAAAACUAUACCUGGGAGAAAAUCAACUAUCAGGAGAUUUUCCUUCGGGCAUAGCGAACCUUCGCAACCUUAUUCUAUUAUCAUUGGGGGCUAAUCAUUUUACGGGUGUGGUUCCGGAGUGGAUCGGGACUGUUAAAACUUUGCAACUACUAGAUUUAGGAGGAAACUACUUCACCGGGGGUAUUCCAUCAUCCUUGUCAAACUUGUCUCAAUUAGGAUGGCUAUAUCUAGACUCAAACCAGUUCAUUGGUCAUAUACCACCAAGCCUUGGAAACUUUCCAAUGCUUCAAUGUUUGGACAUUUACAACAAUAAUCUUAGUGGUAAAAUUCCAAUGGAGAUCUUCAAAAUUCCAACAAUGUUCAUACUUAAAUUAUCUUCCAACAACCUUGAUGGACAACUUCCUACCGACAUUGGAAAUGCCAAACAACUCGUACAUUUGUUACUUUCAUCAAACAAGCUAUCCGGAGAUAUUCCAAACACUUUGGGUGAUUGUGAAAGUUUAGAAGACAUCGAGCUAGACUUAAAUAUUUUCAGCGGAAGUAUUCCUGCUUCAUUAGGCAACAUAAGCGGCCUCAAAGUUUUGAAUUUGUCUGCCAAUAACUUAACUGGGUCAAUAUCAACAUCUCUUGUCAACCUACAACUUCUUGAGAAACUAGAUUUGUCAUUCAACCAUCUAAAUGGAGAGGUUCCAACAAAAGGGAUAUUUAAGAAUGCAACUAUUGUGCGGAUUGAUGGAAAUCAAGGGCUUUGUGGUGGGGCACUAGAGUUACACAUGCUAGCAUGUUCUGUUAUGCCUUUAAAUUCAAUCAGGCACAAGAGAUCUGUGAUGCUCAAAAUAGUUACCCCAAUAGCCAGUAUGGUGUCACUUGCUCUGGUCAUAUUUGUUUUACUUCUUUGGAGAGGAAAACACAAGAGGAAGUCUGUAUCACUGCCAUCACUUGCUACAAAGUUUCCAAAAGUUUCUUUCAACAACCUAGCGAAAGCAACACAUGGAUUCUCAACAUCCAACCUAAUUGGCAGAGGGGGAUAUAGUUCUGUAUACAAAGGAAAACUAGUGGAAGAUGGAAAUGAGGUCGCCAUAAAAGUCUUUAACCUAGAGACAAGAGGAGCGCAAAAGAGCUUCAUUGCAGAAUGUAAUGCGUUGAGAAAUGUGCGGCACCGUAAUCUGGUCCAUAUCAUAACUGCAUGCUCAAGCAUAGAUUCUAAUGGUAAUGAUUUCAAGGCCCUAGUGUACGAGCUGAUGCGAGGAGGUGACUUGAAUAAACUGCUACACUCGAACCAGGACCAUGAAGGCUCUUCUGAUUUGUACCUCAUUACAAUGGCUCAACGCAUAAGCAUUUUGGUGGAUGUAGCAGAUGUACUGGAGUACUUACACCACAACAACGAAGGCACAAUGGUUCAUUGUGAUCUAAAGCCUAGCAACAUUCUUUUGGAUGACAAUAUGAUUGCUCAUGUUGGAGAUUUUGGCCUGGCAAGAUUCAAAGUUGGUUCAACCACAUCAUCUCAGUGUAACUCAAGUUCUUCUUCGGUUGCCGUAAUGGGAACAAUUGGAUACGCUGCUCCAGAAUAUGCAAGGGGUGGUCAAGUUUCAACAGCCGCGGAUGUUUACAGCUUUGGUGUCGUUCUCCUCGAGAUAUUCAUUCGAAGAAGGCCAACUGAUGACAUGUUUAAGGAUGGACUAAACAUUGUGAAGUUCACAGAGAUUAGCUUCCCUGAUAGGGUAUUGGAGAUUGUCGAUCCCCAGCUGCUACAGGAAUUGGAGGAAACUCCAGUGGCGUUGAAGGAAACAAGUGUAAAUUGUCUGCUACCUAUUCUAAACAUUGGCCUUUGCUGCACCAAGCCAUCUCCAGGUGAACGUAUCACCAUGCAUGAGGUCGCUACCAAGCUACAUGGAAUCAGGGAUGCAUAUUUGAGAAGCUAAUCUCUGUACUGUAUGAAAGGACCCGGAUUUCCCAAAGUUUCUUUCAACGACCUAUCCGGAUUUACGUUAGCAUUUCAGUAACAUUAGCUACCUGAAUAAAUUGUAUAAUUGACGUUUAUCACAUAUAAA